AUGGUGUCCGUCGAUUUGUAUACUCUAUUCGACAAUUUCGUCACCGCCAACAAUUUCAAGCAAAUCCUUCACACGUUUUACCUCAUUUGCACCCAGCUCGACCUCGAUCCAACCGACUCGAAGCGUGUUUAUGAAGAAUUACGAAAGGAGAUCAACGAUUGGAGGGCGCAAAAGUUGUGGAAACUGUUGGACAAGAAAUGGACACAAACCGAGUACCGGAGUCAAAAAGCUGCCAAUCGACUCAACGUUUUGAUCAUUGGAGCCGGACCAUGUGGACUUCGGACGGCGAUCGAGUGCGCUCUUCUGGGAUCGCGGGUUGUGCUCAUCGAGCAACGGGACAAAUUUAGUCGAAACAACGUGUUACAUCUUUGGGAGUUCGUCAUUCAUGAUCUGAAGUCCUUUGGCGCGAAGAUUUUCUACCCAAAGUUCUGCACGGGAAGCAUCGAGCAUAUUAGUAUUCGCCAAAUGCAGUGCAUCCUGCUUAAAGUCGCCCUUUGUUACGGUGUCCAAGUGUAUGAGGGUGUCACCUACAAGGAUCUUCUCACGCCGCAACCAAGAUUCGACAAGAAUGAAACUUACUCGGGUUUCCGUGCCUCACUUGAACCAGCCGAUCACCUACUUGGCGAUUACGAAUUCGACGUGCUGAUUGGAGCCGAUGGGAAAAGAAACACCAUAAAAGGAUUCUCACGAAUCACGGCCAAUUUCGUGAAUCGACAUACGGCUGCCGAAGAAAGAGUGCCCGAAAUAAGCGGUGUCGCCUACAUCUUUAAUCAGGCGUUCUUCAAGGAAAUGCACGCAACAACGGGAGUCGAUCUUGAAAACAUUGUCUACUAUAAGGAUGAAACUCACUACUUUGUGAUGUGCGCGAAGAAGCAGAGUCUGCUCGAGCAGGGCGUCAUUUUGAAGGAUUGCGAAGACGUGAACGUGUUGUUGUCGGCGGAAAAUGUGAACAAAGAGCAACUCUGCCGGUACGCCUACUCGGCAGCGCAAUUCGCGACAAAUGGCAAACUACCGAUCCUGGACUACGCGACAAAUCACAAGAGUCAGCCCGACAUUGCAAUGUUCGAUUUCACGUCGCUUUACUCAAGUAAGUACAGCGUUCGACUAAUUGAGCGAAACAAACGACGACUUUUGCUGGGAAUCGUUGGCGAUAGCUUGCAUGAGCCAUUUUGGCCGACCGGCUCUGGAUGUGCUCGCGGAUUUCUUGGUGUCAUGGACACGGCGUGGUUGAUCAAGGAGUACGGGAUGAACGAACGGGAACCCCUUCAACUUAUCGCCGAACGUGAAAGCAUUUAUCGGUUGUUGGCUCAAGUCACCAAGGACAAUCUGCACAAACAGUUGACGAAAUUCACGAUCGACCCGAAAACCCGUUAUGUGUCCUUGGAAAUAACGAUGCGACCGGAGGAUGUUGUGGAAAUCGUGGACUCUGAUGCUCCGAGAUCGAUCUACCACCGGCAACCCCAUCCGCGGCUCGACGCACACGAGCAUCCGGAAAGAAUGAAAUACGCGGCGUGGAGAUUCCUGACCCAUGCUCUGACACCGUACAAGCUGAAGCUCUACGAUAUGAACACGUCGUGGAACGACGGGAUGGCGCUGGCUGCAUUGGUGGCGAAAUUUCGACCCGAAUGCUUGGAUUAUUUUAACGUGUUGAGCUCGAGCGAACGGCCAAAGGAUCGCUUGGAAAUGGUCUUCUCGCGAGUCCGUGAACACUUGGAGAUCGCCGAGCCGUGCACCCCUGAACAAUGGCCAAGAUUGAGUGAAGAGUUGAAGUUGGACUACAUUUACGCGUUGAUCGGUCUCAUCAAAUCGGAUAUGUACCGGGUGCGCUCGAUUUUGAUCACACCGCGGAGCGCCGCCAGUAAACGACCGAAACCGAUGCCCACAAAGUUCGACACAUCAAAAGCGAAGAAGUCGGCGGUGAUCGAGAAUCUUCACGGGCAAAUCAAAGCCUUUUACGAAAGAGGGAAACCCACCGAUCAGCCAACGCCGCCACCGUUGAGGAGACAAUUGGAGCAUUUACCCAGCAUUGAAGAACCCACGGACGAUUCACGAUAUCUCACCAAAAAGCCGCAGGUGAGUGCCCUUGAUCCGGCUCUUGUUGGACGCGUCGAAAAGUUUAUCACCGGCAAGCGUGAGGAAAAUAAGGCAAAGAUUAGUGUUGAAGAGGUGGAACAAGUCGAGAUUCAGCGACAAGAAGUGAGAGAAGUUGUGGUUGAUGAGGGACAACAACUGGCAAACAUCAGCGGUCAAGAGGAAAAGAUUCCGCAACUGCCCGAACCCGAUUCACAAUCACCAUCGUUGACGUUGGUUACACGACGACAAGACGGAUCGGUGGUGAUGCGGCCCGUUGCCCCCCGUACAACCAAAGCGCGACAAAACACGUGUCAAUUAUGCAAUGAGGUGGUUUUCUUGGCCGAACGAAUGCAAGUCGAAUCGAUGUACGUUCAUCGGGGAUGCUUCAAAUGCUCGUUUUGCAGUCAACCGCUUCGUUUGGGCGAGUGUGGACAGGAUCGCGAGUUAGACAAGAUCGAGAAUUACCGCAAUAAGUUUUUCUGCAAAACGCAUCUCCGUUUACCGCUUCGGGAAAAGAUCGGAAGAAUCGAGUAUACGAAGAAAAAGGCGUUGGCUAAACAGGCUUCACAAGACGAAGGUGCCUCAUCGGACUCAUCAAAGGGGAAUCUCAGCGAAUCACCCGCUCAAAUCAUCAAUCGUUUCCCCCUGCAAGCACUCCCAUCACCGAUUCUCCCAAUUCGUGUCCCAGCGUGCCCACCAAAAACAGCCUCAUCGUCGAACAUGUUACACUACUAUGGAUCCGAUCAGAGAAGACUACAAGACUUGGUGUUGCCAAACGCGAAACGUGUGCUCACGUCGCCGGUGGAUUCGGAUCAAAAUGGCCUCCUCUCGACACCCGAAAGAGCCGCCUUUGACGCGCAACAAGAAAGGCCGAAAUUCAUUAAAAAAGCCGUUGACAUCGACAGUGAAUCUGAAGAAGAGGGAACGAGCGGGAGUAAUAGUUCAAGGGAAAGAACCGGAUCGUCGAGUUGCUAUUACUCAUCAAAAGAGGAGACGGACAGCUCGCUGCGAUCCCGCUCGAAUACACAAGACGUCGAUUUAAAUCAGACUUUCAUCGACGACGAGGGGAAUCACGAUGAAUCGCUGUCGGAUGAGGAGGAUAAUUUCGCGGAAGAGGAUUUACAGGAACUCGAGAAGACCGUUUUGGAGAUCACCGAGCAAAAUCCGAGCAAUAAGAUUGAGGAGUCGAUCGCUCGAUCGGUUUUGGAGCGAAUAAACAGCCGCCGGCGUGAGUCGAUACGACACGAAAGCAUACGCCAUACGGCGACGAAUUUCAAUCAAAUGGGAGCCGACACGUCGACGAAAGUUGAUCAACCCGGGCAUCGAUCCGAAUCCACUUUAAUGAGAGGAUCAUCCGUUGAUUUGGAUCGUUUACGAGAAGAGGCGAGAAGGAGAGCCCGAAUGAAAAGCGAUGAGCAGCUGGGGAUUUUGAACACGCCGUUGAGUCGCUCAAAAACCCGCAGCCCACCACCGACACUAUUUGGUCGAGAUCGGGCGGCGACAACGGGACAAUUGGAUGACUCGGCUCAACUGCCCACAAUGCUCAACCAAGUCGAUCUGCGGAGGCAGGCUUUCUCGGCUUCUCGCGCGGACACGGCUCCCGAAAGUGACCUCAUGGCGCCACCAUUACCCGCCAGAACUCCGCCGAAACAAACAUUUUACGGUUUCCUUUCACCGAAUUUACAACACCGAAGCACCACCACGACGGCUUUGACGGAAAGCGCUGAAAAAAUUAAAGAGCCAAUCCAAUCGGAAAGCUCAAAAGAGAACGGUUUGCGCGCGCGGAACUCAAUCUGGGAUCAAUUGCGCGGGCAACGCAAUCACUCGCCGAUUGCCCCAAUUGAAGCGUUUCGUGGAGUGCCGCUUGCAUCGCCAAGUCUUGUCAUCAAUUCGGAUCAUGUCCCUUGUGCUGCUGUUGCCCCAUCGCCCCGACCACCAGCGACGACCAUCGCAAAAACGACAGUCUUUGUUCCCGGCAUUCCACCGAUGCCAACCGCUGCCGGACAAUCGAUCGCUUCACUGAGUGCUUCAUCGUCGGUUGCUGCCGACGUGCCAACACUGGCGCCAAGUGAUCGCAAUUUACGCUUCAUCCAGAAGAGGGGCGAGAAGAUUCGCCGACAACACGAAGAGGACCGACUCCGAACGGCGCAAGAUCUGCAACGACAACUCGACGAAUCAGAGACCCGCUUGGAAGCGAUUGAGCGACGGGGACGGGUUGUCGAGGCGAAUCUCAACUCGGAUCCAACAAGUGUUGAUCUGCUCUCUGAAUGGCGUUCCCUUGUUCAAGAAAAACAAAUCUUGACUGAUCGCGAAAAAGAUCUCCAGCUAAAGGCGAAAGAAGUACGAUUGGAGCAUCGCUAUCGAGAAUUGGACGCGCUCAUCAACCAGCAAAACGAUUUGAAACGAGGCAACGACGAUGACGAUGAAAAGGCUUCCCUGCUUCGCGAAAUGCUUUCGAUUAUCGAUCAACGGAAAGAGCUGAAACGGGAAUUGGACGAGACGAAUGUGACGUGGAGGAGGCGAAAAGUGAAACAAUCAGAUUCGACUUCUCAUCCAUCUCGGGCCACCACCCACACAGCUGCCGUCGAUUAUCGUCAAUGCAAUCCGGUCUUUCUUUGCAUA